GUUUCCUUAUGCUCUCUAAGAUCUGUGGCUUGGGAACCCUCGAAGAACAAAACAAAAAUCAUGCCACGGCUACUAGUUGCAGCCUGUUGUUUGUAACUUGAGGUGGUCCACGUGGCUGUGAGUUUCCAAACCUCUCAGACCAUCUUGAGUGGAGGAGUCAUUGAGGUGGUGGCUCCGGCAGUGUAUGGUUUCUCCUGCGAUGCUGCGGAUGGCCUGAAGCUCUUUUUCGCUGGUUUGCAAUCCUGUGAGACGUUGGACGAGGGCUUCCGAUUGAUGCUGAACCAGAGUGUCUCGCCCGGCAGCUACGCCUUCCUCAUUGGCAUGCGAACGCCCAGCUUCACGCCCUACACGAACUUGUUUGAUUUGCUGCUCAAAGACUUGGAGGGCAAGGUGGUGGACGCACGUUUGGCGCUGCCGGGGCCGCGGCUCAUCCCGGGGCUCACCUUGGAUCUCCCGGUGCUCACGUUCGCGCGCUCGCAGCCGGGCAGCGACGCGGAGAUCCGCGUGACGUUGAAGGUGGUUCAAACCUUGGAUCCCUUGCAGGUGCUGGGGCCCUUCCGGUCGGUGCAGAUCGCGGUGCCCGAGCGCUUUACCCUCAUCGUGCGAGAGCCGGUGACCAACUACGAUGGUUUGCCAACGCCGGAAGUGAGUUGGUAUCACUUGUACUUUCUGGAGAAACUGGUGCGCGUCGACUUGGUGGCAGAUGGUGCAGAAGAGAUCCCCCAGAUCCCGGCCAAAGACUACCGUCUCGGUUUCAAGGUGCGGUUGCCGGAAUUCUGGAUGCCCAGUGUUAAUGUUUGGACGGUCUCUCUGUGUCGAGAUCUUUCAUGCUCCGACUUGAUCACCUCCUUGCCAAUGGCCGGAUUUGAAUUUGGAGACCCUGGCUUCGAACAAGAGGAGGAGGUGGUGGAUCUUCAGCCUGGCCACGCGCAAGGUCUGUUGAAUAGAUUGAAUUUCUUGAUUUUAAUAAUAUUCAUUUAA